UCGAGAGGGUUUGUGAUUGUUGGAGAGAAGGGAUCGGAUUGAGAUCAGGCCGGGGAGAGUUGUGGGUGGUUGGGAAUGAAGGUGAGUUGCGAUGGAGGCGGGUCGGAAUCGGGGAUGGAAUGGAAGCGGGUGGGUUACGAUACCGAUCAGGAUCGGAGGAGAAGUGGGAUCAGGUGGGAGACAGAUCAGAUCGGAUGCAACGCAGAUCGGGAUUCGAGAUCGGAAUCCAGAAGGCGUUAGGAUCGAGAUCAAUCUGGAGACGGGAUCGAAAGCGGGGAUAGUGUCGGGAUCAAAGGAUGGUCAGAUUAUUGUGGGAGUCUAUGACAUUACUGACCCUGGAAACCAUAUGAUGGUGUACAAGCCUUUUGACUACGAGUCUCAGGAAACUAACGGAAGUGAAGCAACUAAGGUUGAGAAGUACGAUUAUAAGGGAGAAUUUGUUUUGAAUGAUUUCCGUCGCCAUGAGUUGCGGUGCCGAUAUGCAGCUGAGGAAAAGGUCCCUAGGGAGGCCAUCAUCUGGUCAUCUGUGGUUGGUGGUGGUAUUCUCUGUGUCAGCAUUUUCGUGCUCCUGAACAGCCAAUUGGAUGCCGCACGGAAGCAACUGGAUGUCAUCAAGCAGCGAAAAGAGCGCAUUGAGAAAGCCAACUCAACACUUGAAGCGGCCAACAAGGCGAAGGACACUUUCAUGGGUACCAUGUCACAUGAGCUUCGCACACCGAUGAACGGGAUCAUGGAUGGCUAUGGCGGGAUCUUUGUCACGUUGUUUGGCGGAGGAGGAGCGGGAGGAGCAGGAGGAGCGGCAGGAGCGGGAGGAGGGAUGGGAAAAGGAGCGGGAAAAGGAGGAGUGGGAGGAGGGGUGGGAGCAGGUGCGGGAGAAGGAGCGGGAGGGGAAAUGCGAAGGGGCGGAGGAGCCGCGGGAGGAGGAGCUGGAGAAGGAGGAGCGGCAGGGGAAACGGGGAGGGGGUUAGGAGCGGGAGAAGGAGCACAAGGAGAAACGGGAAGGGGCGGAGGAGGCGCGGGAGGAGGGGCAGUAGAAGGAGCGGGAGGAGGAGCGGGAGGGGAAAUGGGAAGGGGGUUAACGAACACACGGGAGGCGGAGGAGGGGGACGAGAUAUACGUGGAGGAGGAGAAGCGAGAGGAGCACGAGGACGAGGGGGAGAAGGAGCGGGAGGAGGAACGGGGGAAAGAGCAGGGGAAGCAGCGGGAGAAGGAGAAGAGAACGAGCGGGAGUGGGGCUAUGGCAGGAUCUUUGUCACGUUGUUUGGCGGAGGAGGAGCGGGAGGGGGAGGAAGAGGAGGAGGAGGGGGAGUGGGAGGAGCGGGAGAAGGAGCGGGAGGAGGUGUGGGAGAAGGAGCGGGGAAGGAGCGGGAGCGGGGCUACGGCGCGGGAAGAGGAGCGGGAGGAGGGGGAGGAGGAACGGGGGGGAAAGCAGGAGAAGCAGGACGAGCAGCAGGACAAGCGGGAGGAGCAGCAAGAGAGGGAGCGGGAGAAGGAGAGGGAGGAGGAGCAGGAGAAAGAGUGGGAGGGGGGCUAUGGUGGGAUCUUUGUCACGUUAUUUGGCGGAGGAGGAGCGAGAGGAGGAGGAGGAGUGGGAGGAGCGGGAGGAGGAGUGGGAUUCGGGAUGGGUUUGCAUCUCACAAGCCCUUGCUCCAUACUCUCCUCCUCAUUUUGCACAUUCGAAGGCUGCUCAGUUCAUGCACACAUGAAACUGUUGAAGCGGCCCUGCCUGGGUAUGCUCAGCUUGCUAAAGGACACAAACUUGGAGUAUAAGCAGAGAGAAUAUGUCAUGGAAUCACUGACGAAUGGAAGAUUGCUUGUGAAAGGAAUGGAUAAUAUACUGGACAUCACCAAGUUGGAGGCUGGCAAACUGGGACUGGAAAACUGGCCCUUCAAUGUGAGAGAGCAGACAGAUGCUGUAAUCAGAGGCUUCACUACUGAGAUCUGGGAGAGGGGCAAAGUUGAGCUGGCCACCUUUGUGCAUGAAGCUGUUCCCCAAGAGCUCAUUGGUGAUGCAAGGCGAUUUCGCCAGGUGCUUGCAAAUAUUGUGGAAAAUGCUGUUAAGUUUACAGAAGAGGGCCAUAUCUUUGUUUGCUUGCGGCUAGAGGUGAUGGGAGAAAGGCUCAAGGGCAUACUUAGGAAAUGCUUCCAGGAACCCAAAUUUGUGGAUGAGGAAAGAAAGGUCAGUAGAAGAACAUCUGGGAAUGAGGGGCUGAGAGAAUCCACUGCUCCUUUGGCGUCAGAUUUGCAGCAUGGAGCUAGCAUGGGCGGUGUGAUACAGCCACGCAGGAGUAAACAGGGAACAGUACCAUUCGAGGCUAGGGAUGGUGGCAACCCUCAGGCCAGACAAGGAGGGCAGGACUCUGGAGUGACCUCAGCCAAUAAUACAGAAACAGAACACAGUAGAGAAAAGCUAAAACCUGAGGGCCACAGUGAACUAUCAGGUCAAAAAAGUGUGCAAUACUCUAAGCUGUCUGAUAAAAUGAAAACCAACGAAGAGAGGACUGACGAUUCAGAAGCAGCACAUCGCUUGAAUGCCAGUCGUGAAAAAGGAGGUCAGUCUGGAGAUCGCCUAAGUGGACUUGACAAUGCUGCCACGCCGGAAACAGAAGUGGGGCGAUCGGACCCGGCAACGUCUGCAGAAAGCGGGGAAUCUGGACUGCCGAAAGCAGAGGUGAGGAUGAGAGAACAGGGUGGUCACUCUCACAACAGCAAUCAGGGGGAUAUAGUGGAGGCACCGGCGAGUGCGAGGAAGAAGGGAACAGGAGCAGUUGGAGACGAUCAAGUUUAUAGAGAAACUCUGAGUGGAAGACAGGCUCCCCAUACUUUUAAUAGCUGGAAGGAGGUCUGGCCCUUGGUGAAUCCAGAAUCACCAUCGUUUAUUUCAUUUCCUGGAGGUGAUGGUCCUGAGCUUUUCUUGGUCCUAUCUGUCGAGGACACUGGUCCAGGUAUAAGGUCGGAUGCAUGUCGUCGGAUCUUUCAACCAUUCGCAGAGUCCUCUCAAAACAAGCCAAAGAGCAGUGCAUAUGGGGGCCUGGGGUUGGGCCUUGCCAUCUGCAAGGGCAUGGUUACACUGAUGGGUGGUCAGAUGGGCUUCAAAUCUCUGCAGGGAAUAGGAACUGUCAUGUACUGCCUCAUCCCUUUGCGUGGUAUGCUGCCAAUUCCUUCUCCCUCGAGGUUGGAGGGGGAUAACAAUCAGAAGGCUCGUGUGGGAGAUUUGAAUUUGAAAGAUAUGUCACCGCAGAAGAACACAGGCAAUACUCAGGACAGUGGCCAAGCAGUUGAAGCUCCUCACAAAGGUGCCCCAAAUGAAUGGCCGACAUCACUGGCACAAAUUCAAGAAGGUGGCUUUGGUGGCUUUGGUGAGCCACAGCGGACAAGUUCGUCGUCUGGUACCACUACUUCAGCACUGCAGCCAUUGACUGGAGAGAGGAGGAGCAGCUUUUUAAGAGCAUCAUUCACACUAGAUGACACUGCUGAAGGGGACGUAAGACGUGUAGAUGCACACGGGAACAUUCCUGCACCACUAGUCGUGACCGAGGCAGUGACAUCCUCAACGGUAAGCGAAGCGAAGUUGCGCUUGGAAAAGUUCUUCCUUGCCGACUCCAAUGCCGUCCGACAACAAAUUGUUGGGAGUAUUCUUCGUCAACGCGAUGUUCAUGCUGUCAUCGUGCAGCGGAUAGAAGACGUGGUCGAACAACUUGCUGAGGAGUCAAUCAGGCAAAUCGGUACAGUUUGUGUCGAUGAUGUGAAGCUGUCCCAGUCCCCAUCAGCACAUACAGAGCUUGGCAGGGUUGAUGGGAGGGAGAAGGGAAAAACCGGUGUCCCUAGGGAUACUGUGAUUGUGAUUGUAGAUGGUGAACUCAUAAUGGGUACUGAUGCAGUUCAGGAUGGUGGCAACUGGAAAGAGCUGAUCAUCUCUGGUAUUCAGAAGAGGAUUGGAUCGAGGACUGCAAUCUCAUUCGCGCUGCAUUUGAUUGCGCUCUGCCGGAAUAGGUCACAGGAUGAGAAGGCACGAUCUUUAGGUUUCGACAAGGUCAUUGCCAAACCAUUGUUUGGCAAACCAUUAGCAAAAGUCCUUGCUGGAAUCACAGACCCAAAGCAAGCAGAGCUGAUACAAUCGUCCACUGUAACAACACGCGUGCAAUCCAACGACUCAAAUCUCGAAGGGGCGAGGCAAAGGGCAAUGGCACAAGCACCAGUGGCACAACGGACUUCAGACACGUCUCCUCAUACUGCAGCAUUCCUUCUAGGGAAAACACUGCUUGUGGUUGACGAUAUUGCACUGAACCGGAAAGCCGCUAUCAAAAGCAUGGAGAAAUAUGGUGCAAAGGUGGAGGCUGCAUCAGGAGGACAGGAAGCACUUGAGAAGAUAAAGAAUACUGCCUUUGAUCUUAUUCUGAUGGAUUUGCAGAUGCCAGAGAUUGAGGGGUUCGAAACAGCACGGAGAAUACGACAACAUGGAUUAGAACAAGCUAUUACAGAAGGACAAGCCCAUAAUUCUCAUGUCCCCAUCGUUGCUCUCACUGGAGAUAUGAGGGAGGACUCAAAGAUCCAAGCGAUUGCCAGCGGGGUGAAUGGUUGUGUGACAAAGCCCUUGGAUGAUGAGAAAAUAAAUUAUAUUGUUGAGAUCAUGAGACUGAAUGCGAACCCCACUCCUUUUGCUGAUAGUCCACAGACAGCUAUUAGCGACCAGGUGGAGGAGUGGCUAAACGACUGUGUUGAUGAUAUUAGUGACCAUGUUAGUCACCAUGUUAGUGGUUACACCACCAGUACAUCUGAAAAAGCAGAUUGAGCGUCUCCUAAAAAUUUGGAGGCCAUGGACCGUUGAUAAAAUGAAUCGGCGGUUCAUGG